CAGCUGAAGCCAUGGAGGACGCCUACCUUGUGCCGGCGAUUUUGUGGCUCGUGCAAACCAUCCUCGGCACCAUCGGGAUCUGCGAGCUGGAUUCGUGGAUCCGCCAAGCCAGGCUUCACGAUGACAUCCAGAACCUCAAGUCCGAGCUCGAGGUAGUCCAGGCAGUGGCCACCGAUGCGAAGGGGAUGGCACUCCAGAGUGCGCGGCUGGCUAGAUCUCUCGCCGAUCUCAAAAGGUUUCUGUACGAUGCCGACGACCUGGUCGACGAGCUCGACUACUGGAGGCUCCGGCACCAAGUCGAAGGAGUUACUUUGCAGGAGCCUGAUGGCAUGCAUGAAGCAGCACGAGUAGAUCAUGGCACAUCCAGAGGCGAUGAUAAUAUUCUGCUAACAAGCAGUCGUGGCAAAAAACGGUCCAAGGCAUGGGAUGAUUUUGUCGACAUAAAAGAUGGUAAUGGAAAGACCGUGCAGGCAGAAUGUAGACACUGUAAAAAGAGAGUUCAAUACAAAGGUGCACAAGGGCCAAGGGUGUUGACAACUCAUGUCAAUAGUACCUACUGCAAGAAUAUGCGAGAAGCACGUCCCCAGCUGCAAAGCCAUCCAAGCAUAAAUGAAGCUGCUGAAAAUGCUACUCCCGUUGCUGCCGGUAAUUCAUCCAACAGACCGAGGAUGGUAACGAAUCAAGAGCCAACAGAAAUCACCACAGCUAUUGCUCACCCUUGGGAUAAGGACGAAUUUUCGAGUAGGAUACAAAAAACAACUCAUCAGUUGAAAGGCAUCCGAGGGGAUGUGACGAAGGAUCUCAACAUGCCUGGGUCACACUCUGGUGCAAGUUCAGGUCACCAUCAAAGUACAACAGCCUCAGGUGCACGCCAAAGAACAUCAAGCCUUCUUCAAGGCAAAUUUUAUGGGAGAGUCGAAGAGAAGAACUCCAUCAUAAACCAGAUCACAGCUGGCAAAUCUGACAGUGUAGCUAUUCUGCCUAUUGUAGGCAUUGGGGGGACCGGGAAGACAGCGCUCGCACAAUUUGUAUAUAAUGAUCCGAAAGUGCAAAACCAAUUUGACCACAGCACAUGGGUCUGGGUGUCUAACAGCUUUGAUGAAAUGAGAAUCACAAGAGAGAUGUUAGAUAUUGUCCCUCGAGAAAAGCACGAAGGGUUAUGCAGCCUUGACAGACUUCAGCUGGUCUUGAAAACUCAUAUUGAAUCAAAAAGGGUUCUGGUUAUUUUAGAUGAUGUCUGGGAUGACAUGAAUGAUUGCAGAUUUAACCUAAUACUUGCUCCUUUCAAGUCAAACAAUGCAAAUGGCAGUGUGAUCCUUGUGACAACUAGAUAUCUCUCUGUUGCAAAAAGGAUAGGAACGACUGAAUCAGUUGUGUUACGUGCUCUGGGAGAUGAUGAUUUUUGGUUAUUGUUCAAAGCACAAGCAUUUCGUAAUGAGAACUAUGAAGGGGAUGGAAACCUGACGAGCAUUGGACGGAAAAUAGCAGGCAAGCUAAAAGGCAACCCGUUAGCAGCAGUAGCUGCAGGGGAACUUUUAAGAGUUGAUCUUACUGUUGGUCAUUGGAAUAAAGUUCUGAAGGACGAAGAUGGGAAGUUGCUGGGGCGCAGUGGACGCAUCAUGGCUGCUUUGAAUCUUAGCUAUGAUCAGCUGCCAUACCAUUUACACCAAUGCUUCUCGUAUUGUUCUAUGUUCCCCGACAAUCAUUUUUUUCGUGGUGAAGAGUUGAUCCACAUGUGGAUUUCACAAGGAUUUGUCAAGCAGACCCAUCCAAGUAAGAGAUUAGAGGAGAUAGGAAUGGACUAUCUGGCUGAUUUGGUGAACCUGGGAUAUUUUCAGCGAGUUGGUAGAAGAGAUUUAUAUGUUGUGUGUGGUCUUAUGCAUGAUUUUUCAAGGAUUGUUUCAAGAACUGACUGUGCAAUUAUAGAUGGUCUAGAAUGCACUGAUAUAUUGCCAACUGUACAACAUUUGUCAGUAAAGUGCAAGAAAGAUCAGCAUGGGAACGUGUCUUGGAGUAGCAAGUUUAAAGAAGAUUUGAGAAAAACAGUUAUAUCUGUGAGAAAACUGAGGACGUUACUGUUAAUCGGGCAAUAUGACUGUUCCUUCUUUCAAUCCUUCGAAGACAUAUUCCAGAAGGCACACUAUAUACGUCUGCUGCAAAUAUCAGCAACAUUUCAUGAUUUUAAUUCCCUCGUGCGCAGUUCUGUAAAUCCUACUCAUCUUCGCUAUCUAAAGCUUACAGUCAAUGAGGUGCAGGGAGAUUUGCCUCAGGUUUUGAGCAAUUUUUGCCACCUUCAAGUAUUAGAUGUCGGCUCAAACACUCAUCUUGAUGUAGCUCAUGGAAUGAAUAAUCUUGUCAGUUUGCGGCAUCUUGUUGUAGCUUCCAUAUACAGAAUUGGCAAAUUGACAUCACUUCAGACACUAAGCAAUUUUAGCGUACAAGAUUCUAAUGGCUUUCGGAUUAUAGAACUUCAAUCCAUGAAUGAUCUUGCCCAACUUAUGAUUUCUCAACUUCAAAAUGUUAAAACUCUGGAGGAGGUUUGUGGGGCAGGACUGAGAUACAAACGACACUUAGAAAAGCUGCACUUGUCCUGGAAUAUGUCACAUGUUGAAUCUGACUCGGAUGGCAGCAAUGAAUCUGACUGGGAUGACAGCAAUGAAUCUGCGAAUGUCAUGAGCUCUGAACCUUCUACCAGCAAAGAAACAGAGGAGUGCUUGCCAACAGAGGUACUUGAGGGUCUAAAACCACAUUACAAUCUGAAACAUCUUCAGAUAACAGGGUACAAUGGUGCUAACUCUCCAUCCUGGCUUGCUCGCAAUAUCUCUGUUACCUCUUUACAGACUCUGUAUUUGAAUGGAUGUGGACAAUUGCAGAUACUUCCAUCUUUGAGAGAGCUUCCGUUUCUUGCAAAGUUAAACUUGAGAAACAUGCCAAAACUAGAAGAAGUAUCGGUUCCUUCAUUGGAGAAGUUGGUGUUAGUUAAAAUGCCGAAGUUGGGGAGAUGCUCCUGCGUUUCCUUGAGGGACUUGAACUCUUGUUUAAGGGUUCUAACAAUUAAGGAUUGCCCUGCACUGAAGGUGUUUGAUCUGUUUGGGAACGGCCACAAAUUCAAAAUUGAGCAGAAGUCAUGGUUGCCACGCCUUUGUGAGCUCACUCUAAAGAACUGUCGCCUUUUGGUGGUACCACACCCUUUACCAUCUUCAAGCACUGCUUGUAGUAUUUCCAUGAGCAGAGUCCCGAAAUUUCCAAGAAUAGAGGUGUCCUCCGGCAGAAGUUUAACAAUCGGCGAGGAUUUUGAUGAGUAUGUUUUUGGUGAAGUUCCUUUUGACAGGUUAUCUGAUGAGCUGUUCGUGUUAGAUGGAAAUAUUUUGGCAUUCCAUAAUCUAAGGUUCCUGACACAGUUGAUAAUAGGUUGUUGCCGAAAACUAACGUCUAUUUCACUCAAAGGAUUAAGUCAACUUGAAUCCUUAAAGACACUGAAAAUAAACGCCUGUCCCGGGCUUUCUGGUUUUGAUGCUCCACCAGAGCAUUAUGCCCUCCCAUCACUCGAAUAUCUAGAGAUUGGGUCAUGUAGAAUAGUGUGGGGGUGGCUAUCUCUGAUUCUGCAACAUGCGCCAGCACUAAAGGAAUUGGAUUUACUUUGCUGCCCAAAGUUAGAACAUCUACAGCUGAACUCCUGCACGACACUGCAAAAGUUGAAGGUAAAUACAUGUGAAUCGCUUGGCACACUAGAUGUUUUGCAAUCCCGUUCUCUAAAGGAAUUGGAAGUAGCGGACGUCCCAAAUUUGGAAUCUCUACAGCUGCACUCUUGCACGACACUGGAAGAAUUGGAUAUUGACAGCUGUACAUCACUCUGUACACUAGAGGGCUUUCAAUCCCUUGGCAGCCUCAGGCGUUUGAGUCUACGUGAAUGCUGCAGCCUGCAUUCAUGUUUGGAGGGUUUGCCAGCGCAGGACUGCGAAUUAUGCCCUCAACUAGAAUUUCUUGGAAUCAGUGACUUCUCUUUCCUUGCCACGUCGUUCUGCAGGCAACUCAGAUCACUCCAGCGGCUAGUUAUUUGUGGUUCUGUGGAAGAAACAAAUGCAGCAGGACUAACAGAUGAGCAAGAGACAGGGCUUCUGCUCCUCGGUUCCCUCACAGAGCUCCAAUUUGAGCAUUACAAUUAUCUCAAAGAUCUUCCUGGAGGCCUGCACAGACUUGACUCCCUCCAGGUGUUGGAGAUUUCAUAUUGUCCGAGCAUCUCAGGGUUGCCGGACCUCCCGCCUUCUCUAGAGGAGUUGAGAAUCUUCUACUGCAGUGAGGAGCUGGUAGGUCAAUCCAAAUCACUAGCAUCAAGCAAGUUAAAGGUCAAAAUUAACUGGCAAUAUGUGAACUGAUUACUUGGUGGCUUGUUAAGCACACCUACACAACAGAUAUAGUUGUACACUUGUACUGCUUUUGAGAGUUCCCGUACAGGUUUGCUUUCACUUCAGAACCUCAUCCUCAUGUCAUCUGUUUUGCUGUCAUAUCAACCGGUAGCAGUCAACAGGAACUCCAAGACACAAUUUCCAGGAUGUGUUGUGCUGUUCAUUACAAGUUGGCCACAAGAAGCUUAUUCAAAACUUCCUUGAUGCACUAGCCAGAAAUGCUCUGCAGCUACACUAUUUUUUUUGAAAGGAGGUUAUCCCCCGGCCUCUGCAAAACUGCAGCUACACUAAUGCACUUUGUAUUUCGGAAUUCCACCUCGUAACCAGCAUAUGUUGCUCCAUCAGAAUUCAGGGUGCGUCGGCAGACACUGAUUUGCUCAUAGAUUUGAAUAUGCGACCUUGCUGGGUUUGGCUACAAAUUUUGUUCAUUGUAAUACGUACAUUCCAAGGAAUUCGUUUUGUGGUUUCUUUUGUGAUGCCACAAGACCAACGUGUUGUGCUUCAGACAGUGUGUGGUUAUUCAGCCAGUUUUGCUCCAGAGCUGUAGAGGAACUAAAUCCUGUUGAAUCGACGUGAUUCUGAAUUGAGUUGUUCAUUCCGUUGUCCCUUUGUUACAGGCUGAAGGCGACUUUGCGUCUCCAAGUUCCACCCUUCGGUUUCAAUUCGCCUUCCAUUCCACGACCGCAGACUUUCCGUGUCUGUCAAGAAGAUCUAGUCCCAUACCCGCCGAGAUCUACUUGUCAAUGGCAAUCCAUCCAGAAUUUAGUUUGGUUUUCCUUACUGGCGGGAAGUAAAGUACAUAGUCGCGUAUGCCGUAUUAUAUGGAUAGCCAGAAAGUGCAGCAUGUCAGCAGUUUUCAAAGACGGCGUGUGCUCACACGUCUGCCUUGCAUCCCCUGUUUCGCGAAGUGGUCACUGAAAUCAGGUGAUAUGAGCCAGAUCCACUUUUGAGGAAGUGGCUUGGACAACUUCUCUGUCUGGUUCAAUUGGCUUAUCUGUUGGUGUUCAGGUGCAUGCCGCUUUAAGGCAUUGGACAAUGUUGGUUAGCCAUGGAGACCUUGUAAGCUAGCCUUCAGUAGGUAGUGCCUAGAUAUAUGAACAGACCUACUCGGUUAACCUAUCCACUUGUUAACUGCAUGUUCGGAAUUAUCCGCA